AUGAUACUACUCCUAUUUGAACUAAUUAAGUCUUAGUCAGCAUUACAUUAUUCAAACAGCAACUUUGAUGAAUUGGAAGAGCAAAUUUUCUCAUUAGAGAGGAUACUAGGCUUCGAUGAAGCUAAUAUUGUAGGUUACGAUUAAUUAGUGGUAAAAAAUUAGUCAACUUUUAUGCUUCAUAAACUUAAUGAUCUAAAUGAUAUCAGCUUAAAGGAAAAAGAAAGAAUGAGAGAAUUAAUAUUAAUGGCUCGCAAUAUUUUAUCAGACUAUAAGAAAAAAGAAACCUAUUUGCUAGUUUCAAGUAUUAUAAAAGCAGAGUAAUCUCUUCUAGCGUACUAUGCAGACAAUAAAAACGAGUAUUUUGAGAUUUUAAAGAAGAUUGAAGAUAAAGAUUUAAAAAAUUUAGAUCCAAGAGAUUUUCACCGUUUUCCUGAAAUUUUUUCAAACGAUGGCCCAGGAAAGACAUAUGAAUAGAAAAGUGCAGCCAAAAACUAUAAAGGGGUUACAAGUCUCUCAGAGUAGAAUUUAAAUAAAAUUUUUGAAGAAUAUGAAUUCAAAGAAUAUCAAAAAGAGGUUUGCAAAAAGAUAAAAAUAAUUCUGGAUCAACUCAUCAAUUAGGAAGAAAGAGGAAUAGUGCAGAAAUCAUAAAAUAAGAAAUUAUUUACAUGCUACAAUGUUCUUAAAGUAGGAACAAAUCAAGUGCAGACUAGAAUAAUUAGCAAUACCUCUUAAAAGCUAAAGCAAUUAAGUUCAUCAUCAUUAGAUAAUAAAUCCAAUCAUAAGAUGAUGGAAGUAUAAUUAGCAUAUGCAACAUUGAUUGAUACAAAGAAAUUUAAAAUUUACAAGUUCAUCAAUGAAAUAAUUGAAGGCAGUCCUUCUCUAAAAAUAUAUUUCAUUGCUAUUGGUGGACUAAUAGGAUUUCUAUGUUUGAUUAAGAAGAUUGACAAGGAUCAUAAUGCUAGAGAAAGAGAAAAAUAAAGAUUACUUGAAAUUGAAAGAUAAAAAGAAGAAGAACUAAAGAAAAAGUAAAGUUAGAGUUGGUUUGGGGGAUUUUUCAAAUGA